AUGUCUGCCACCACCAUGCUUCACCGUGUGUUCAGUGUGUGUGUGAUGCGUCUGCGGGUCCAUGGUGUAGCUGUGGCCGUUGGUGUCUCUGUUGCAGCUUGUGCUCCUGUAGCAGACCUUGCCUGCACUGUGCUCAUCUUCACACAGCUAAAGGGGCAGAGUGUGGAUGGGGAAGUGGUGUCACCCAAUCCCCUGGACUUGUUGACUGGAGAUGGACUGCCUCGUGGUCUACCCACAACCCCCACCAACCACAGUCAGAGGGACAGUACAGUGGCCCCACAGCCAGCCAGAUACCCUACCCCUGAAACUAGAUGUGGGGGCGUAUUGACAGACUCAGAGGGCAGCUUUAGCUCCCCCAACCACCCUGGAUCGUAUCCCCCGGACUCGCUGUGUGUCUGGGUGAUCCGGGCGCGCCCUCCAUCCCUGAUCCAGAUCCAUGUGUCCUCUCUGACCAUAGAAGGACCAUCCCCCUGCCUCUUUGACUGGCUGGAGGUUCAGGAGGAGACGGAGCAACCUUCUGUUGUCACCAGGUUCUGUGGCAACGUGGCACCCCCUACUGUGAACACCAACAGCAGCACUGUGUGGGUGACAUUCCGCUCCGACGGUAGUAUCGGAGGCAGUGGCUUCAUCGCCCAGUACCACGCCAUCACACUUGAACAGAAGAGCUGCUCCAGGGAGGAGUUUAUGUGUGACCGCGGGCGCUGCAUCCUGCCUGUGUCAGUGUGUGACGGCCAGCCCAACUGUCAUGACCACUCUGAUGAGGCCAACUGCAGCCACAAGCACAAAGGUAAGAACAGGGUGUACAGCACAUUGUGCACAUGGCAGAUCUCUGUCGAGGAGGGUCAUGUGAUCAGGCUGAGUUUCCGUAACUUCAGUCUGGAGACUCAGGACGUGUAUGAGUUUGACUAUGUAGAGGUGCAUGACAGUGCUGAUACCGGGGCCGGCAGAGUACUCGGACGGUACUGUGGAACCAGCCUGCCUCCUGAGCUGACCUCCUCUGGGCCUCAGAUAACCAUGGUAUUUGUGGCUGACGAGGGUGUGGCAGACAGUGGCUUCAACGCGUCCUACCAGGCCAUCUCCCUCUCCGAGAGAACAUGCAGUCCUACUCAGUUUACCUGCAGCAGUGGGGAGUGCCUGCACCAGGAGUGGCUGUGUGAUGGCUGGACUGACUGUGCAGACGGGACAGAUGAGCACGACUGUGACAACUCGACCUAUCCCASUUUCAGCUUGUCCUGUGAGCRCAUCGAGGUGGAGAUGUGUCAGGGCCUGAGCUACAACCUCACCUCCUUCCCCAACAUUUGGCUGUCCAUCGCUGACCAGAGAGGCAGCCACGCUGCUCUGUCAGUGCUGAUGGAGCUGGCGUGUUUCCAGCCCCUGCGCAGGCUGGUGUGCGGGAUGUUCAUGCCCCACUGCAGCCCUCAGGGAGGGGUGCUGCAGCCCUGCCGGUCAGUGUGCUCCUGGGCAGCGCAGCAGUGUAGUCAGGCCCUGAACGUCUUCACCUUCAGCUGGCCCUUCAACUGCCACCUGCUGCCUGACUCCCAAGACCCUAUGGAGUGCUCCAGCCCUUGA